UCAGAAUCGAGCGAGUCCCCAGUUGCGACCGACGCGAUGGUCUCUGACCCGAAGCUGUCGUAUGUGGACCGCGUCGUGCUGGAGGUUUUACAGACGGAGCAGAUGUACGUGAAGGACCUCAGGAGCAUUGUAGAGAUAACGAAGACCAGGGAAGGGCUUACAUUGUGAGAAAUGUGACUAUAUGAAAUCAUCACAAGCAGGACAAGCUUAGAUAAGUAAACACACACAUCUGUUUAUUUGCGCACAUUUGUAGAAUGAGUACUGCAGGACAGAGAUGAUUUAAGUGUUUUACGGCAUCAGUUGAUGCUGAUGUCUUUGUGGAAGAGACAGCCUUUUUUUAAUAACAAUCAAUGUUCCUUCUCCAAACUCGUGCUAUGUCCUCACAUCUGGACAAGCUGAAUUGGGAAAUUCUCCGGAAGUGAUGAUAGCGAUGCGUGAAAUGUGCGGUCCCAGUGCGUCUGGGGUUCUGUGCGCGGGAGACUGUGAUUUUGGUGGCAGCAAAGCUUGCUGAUAGUUUGGUUUGAUAACUAUGUUUUUUUUAAGUCUGGAGAGUAAAUUGUUUUGGGAACACUAGUUGUAUGUUUAAUAAUGUAUUUUUUUUGGCAAAAUCCCAUUAACAAAAACGUUAUGAUCCGUCAGAUGAUAUCUUGUAUAUUUUUCUUAAGAUAGCAUGUACUGUACAAGUGGGAGGCGUUUACUCAAUAUUGAAGUGCUACAGGCACGACCCUAUAUGUAUGAUUCACUUUGAACAAUCUAAUAAUAUGAGCAAAAAAUUGGAACGCAAUGUUCCAAAAUGUUCUUAUGGGUAAAAAAUAUUUGGCAUGUCAACACUUUGCUUUUGUGAAGAAAUGUAUUUGGAUGAAUAAUUAUUUGACAUAUCGCCACUGGUAUGUGAGUAUAAAGUUAUAACGUGUACUUAAUUAAGUGUUUUUGUAACUUUAUAAAUGAGAUUCGCAUGUUAAUAUUGUGCAUCACGCAUUGGCUUUCUCUUUGAGCUGCUCUUUUCUGCCAGGCACAAUUUCACGAGCGCAACCCAGAAAGACGCACCCACGAAAUGUCGCCUAUGAUACCAUUAUUUUAUUCGGGCUGCUUGCUUUUAUCACAUAUCCUAAUAUUUUAAUAAUUCACUAUAAUCACAGUUACUCUUCGUAAAUGCCUAGACAUCAUCAUUAGCCAUGCUCGUCUUUCCACUGCUGAAUAAAAGCCUCCCCAUGCCAUCACCAUCCCACACGUUCCAGCCCUGCCACCAUACAUCUCGCUCUUACACAUGAACUGAUCUGGUGUGCUUUGGAAACAAGCUUUACAUUAAAAAAAAACAAUUACUUUUAAAACAAUAAAAUAAUAACAUGCAACCAAUAAAUACCCACAUGUUGAGAAAUGGUUUAGUAUUCCCCACCGGUCUCAUGAAGCGUCGGGAAGGUAAGGAUCUGCGUUGCCAGUGUCUGCCGUUGAGGUGGGUUUUUGGGUCCACUGGUGUCUGUGGGGCCUUUGCUCGGGUGAGCAGGAACCGCUGUCAAUCGCCGUGCGGCGGCUGCUGCGGACGUUUUAUCUGAUUAUCUCACGCCUGGCCAAAGAGGCGGCGGCGGCGGCGGCGCGCGCGCGCGCGUGCUCGCCCUUAUCUCCAGACAUCGGACAUGAGCUGUGGCUCGGGAAGAUCUUCCUCCACAGAGCUGCCGCGGCUCUCCUAGCUGUAAUCUCUUGUCACUCAUCACACCCGCACGGCGAUGGCGGCGGCGGCGGCGGCGGCGCCACCGUUGCAUGACUGCUUACGAGGCCUCCAACCUCUUAACGUCCAACACAUGUGGAUGCUUUUCACGUUUUCUCUCAUCGUGUGACAAAUUGCGCGUCGCUUCUUCUUCUUCUUCAUCUCCUUCCAUUGCAUUUUGUUCACGAUCGUACAUAUGCGCUUUAUACAAUGCGUUUUUGUUUACAUAUCGUGCGUAAUGGAUAUUUGGUGUCAUCGAUCAUAUAUAUGCUUUGACACGCUUCCCACAUCGUCAGAUUAGCUAUGGAUAUGUUUCUUUGAGCGGAUGACCGUUGAUAGAGCAAAGCUGUCUUUGCGAUGAGUGGUCGGCAAAAUUAGAUUACGGUGAGCACGUGGAUGUUUUGGGUUAUAGGUCAACACGUAAAUGAGAUUCAUUUUCCCAGGAUCCUUUUUGUGCGAUGUGUCUGCAAGACGUUGGUUAUGUGCGACGCGAUGCGUUUAUCAAAAUGAGAAUAUUUAUACUUGAGGAAUCCGAAGAGCAAUAGCGCCUUUUUUUCACAGAUGUUCAGUCGGGCGGGUAAGAACGUAAAGAACAACAAACAAUACAAACACAUGAUUGGAGUGCAAAGUAAAAGAAGCUAAACAAAUCACCUAAACAACUACACCAUCCCCAUCUUACCAGACAAAGCCCACUGAGGUAACAAAUCCCACUGAGGUUUAAACAUGGAGUAAGCAUUAUUGCUGUAUUCAAAACGCAAUGGGAAUAGAUUGACUGAGUUCAGAUUCCUUAAUGGGCAAUAAUGGGGACAACCUGUAAGUGCAUUUCAAGUGUAGCAAUGGUAGCCCACAAGAAAAACUAAAACAUUCAAUUUGUUGCUGGCAGUAAUAGAUGAGGUGCCCCUUUGGUGUUGAUUUUUUUAAAGCCGCAAACCACAGCUGCCUUUUGGGAAUGUUCAUUUAUCUUCAGAAUUAAUCUAUCCCACCUCUAAAGCAAACACUGCAUAAUGGGGAGUAAUAAAGUACGGAAAUAGAGUCAGAUAAGCAACCACCCCACGCCACUCCGGACACAGCAAGAGGAAAGGGCAGUGCUCAGACCCCACGAACCAGAACUCUUUGAAAGACUGAACUUAUGUUUCUUAGCAGAUACCAGCAAGCUUGCUUGAUAUCUUCCACUUUUACUUCUGGGCAUGAAAGGAGCUGAGUGCUAUCCAUUGUAGUUCCUUGUAUUAAAAAAAAUAACCGGGAUGGCAAGGUGAGGAAUGCCUGCUAACCAUUACCGAAGUAAAACAAUCUAACUCAAUGCUUACAAUGUAGGACUUUUUUACCACAAAAAACGUUACAUAAAUUGGUAACGUGUUAUAAAUGUGAGUGUUUUGAGAUACGUAGCUGAAAAACUAUUAUUGAUUUUUUUUUAAGAAUACAAGAACAUAUGUAAAUUAUAUAUGGAAUGCAAAGCCUUGGAGUUGACAGUUAAGUCAAUGUUGCCUGUGAAAUAACAGCAUUCACAUACAUUUCCCAUCAGAAGACCCAGUUACUGAUAUCCUGGUGUUUGUGGAAGGCAUUCUCAUGUCAACGGUGUCAGGAAAAUAGCUUGGAAAAUUAGAGCCUUGGGAAUUCCCAUAAAUAUCCCGGGACAUUUCACUAUGUAUGUGAGGCCCCAAUGGCAAUAAAUGCAACACUUCAUAUGUGGAGCCCUAUAACAUCUGGAAUGUGGACAUUUGUUUUGUGCGGCAUUUUUACAACAAGAAUUCCUGUGCAUAUGGAUUGCAUAGGUUAUUGCCCUACAACAACUACAUCAAUAAGUGACAUUUACAUCUGAUGCUAAGAGCAUACCAAGAGCAUCAGAUGUAACUUUGGAAAUUAUUUGGGGUUACUUUUAGUUAUGAAAAUACUGCUGAUUUCCAUGCACAAGAAUUCUAUUUUUCAUUACGCAUCACUGCAAAGUGUGAGGUGUAGACUUGAUGCAAUAUAGUUGCUGACUUUGUCGUACAUUUUUAAGUUUCAGCUACGAAGCUGCUUGAUCAUUUUACACACUCAAAUAGCGACCCCGUGUUCUCGUUUUUUCCCAUUAAUUUUGACCCUCAACAUAAAUAAACUGUCGGUAAUUUUUUUUACGUGAUUAGUGUUUAAUAGCAGUUUGGGUUAUUUUAAGAUGCAUGAAAAUAACUGUUCUGGUAGGAUGUUAACUUGCAAGAAGGUUUAUUUUUAAUAUCACCAGCUGCCUCACCUAUAUUUAGGUAAUGCAAUCCUGAUUUAUGGCAAAUGGCCAGGCUGUCGAAUACUUUGAUGAAAGUUUGAUUUUAACAGGCAACAAGAGAGAGGAAAAAAAAGUAACACCUGGAUUUCACCCCGACUACACCCCCAGCUUUGUAUCCAUCUCAGUGGGUUAGAUUCCCCUGUGUACGUUGUUUCGCAUGUGAGUGAAAUUACGCACUCUGAAUGCAAGGCGUCUAUGGUAAGGGACGGCUGCCAGUAACAGCUGCCAGUAUCUCUGUCCAUGCCGGGGGAAAUUGCCAAAAACACCCGGUACCGCCGCCGUUUCCUGAACCACUGGAACGCAGUUACAGCAGGUGAUCAAAAAAAUGCACCCUACCAGGACUAGAACACCUGGCUGAUACCGGAGGAGAACAUUUUGUGUUGCGUAAUUGUGGCAAAUUGCUAUCGGUAGCCCGUGGCGCUGUUUGUUGCAAUGAAGCACAAAAUAUUUUCUUUCCAGAUUUUCUCAAUUUGCGAAUUUGUACCUGGAAUGCAUUCGUGUUAAAAAAAGUUAAACUUACGUGAGGCACUACUUCAUGUCCAUUCUGUUUAUUUUCGCUAAAUUUAUUUAUUUCAUAGUUCUCCGCUAUAUGCUUAGCUCUUUCCCUUCAACGUGACUUUACCGAAAGAGCUAAGAAUAUGAAUUACUGCAGUCACGAAAGCUUUAAAUCAAAAGUUCUUCGCUAGUUAUGGUAAACACAACAGUACGUGUUAAUUAGGUGUAAUUUGACUGUUACUCCAAAACAUAAGACGCAUUGACAUUGUAUCAGUUCAUAAUGCAUUUUUUUUGUCAAUCCCGGUGAAUUGUAAGGAAAUAUUAGAAUGGAAUUUCUCAGCACGUUUGCAUAUUUAUCUUUCCAGAAUGUAUUUCAUGUGGAAAUAAUUGGACAAGUUCAGUGUUGAUGAAGAGAACAUCCAUCAUGGUAAAAUGUAAUAAAUACUGUAGCUCAUGAAGUAAAUAUUGGCAAACUAUAACCUGCCCUUAAGCUAAGUUCCAUGUAGACUUAUAGCCCAAAGAAAAAUCCAGUAUUUGAAUUACCGACAUUUCUUGUAUGCUUACACCAAAUUUGUAUUUACUCCUAGAUCUGAUAGACUAAACAUCGUUCUGGUCAUUAUUACAUUCCCUGCGAGUUUGUCUUUUCGCCCAGAGACUAACUAGAAAUAGGCAGACCGUUUUAAAGUACGUUCCUUAACAUUGUCACAACUAUAAUAAUGGUAUUGUUCCUAUAAAUAUGCAUGAUCCCCUUAACAUUUGGACCAUAAGCUACUGUAGUCUGUGCACUUUCAACGGAGGGAACGCAAAACUACACAAACUCUCUCCUGGCUAGCAUACCUCGACAUUGACAUUCCACUCCUAAACAUAUUUCCUUACACAAGAACAGAAUUCUUUGUUGAACUGUUACGUAUCUUCCUUGUUAACUUAAUCAACAUCAUCACUCAACCAUGCUCUGUCCGCUUAUUUCCUUUCUUAUAUGUUUAGAAGUCAUGUGAUUCUAUUGUUUCCCUUCUACGUGACUUUACCGAAAGAACCCAGAAUGUAAGGAUAGAGCAGCUUCAUUGAGAUUUCAUGAAGAAAGGAAAAAAUACUGUUAUCAGUUAAUGGAGGUAGGCCAGUCGAUGCACUCUUCCUAAAAUUAUCAAUGGAAAAUCGGAUUGGAAACAUAAAGACAAACAUAUAAAGAGGAAUGAUUUACCAUCUCGAAGACAUAGUAAUUAUAACAAGCAAAUGAAAUUAAUUUCUAAAAAAUAUAUAUAAGAACUUAAUAAAUAAAUAAAAAAGCCUGCAAAGUUAUAUUUCAAAAACAAAAUCAUCAUUCUUAAUUUACUCUAUCUAUCAUUACCAUAAGUAUCACCAAGAUGAACAAUUUUCCAUCACCAUAUAUGCGUCCUUAAAUCUGUAUAUAUGACCUUUGCAUCACCAUGCAAAGGUCAAGCCAUUCAUGGCCCGUUUGGCAUACAAAAGUAUGUAUCCGUGUGGCCAGUGCUACGCCCUAACUCAGGAAACCCUGUGUGGAUGGCAGUAGGGAAUAUUGCUUUUAUGGAGGAUAUGGCUCAUUUUGGCUGGACACUUGCCAUAUAGGACCUACGUAUUCAAAAGUGUGCCGUGGGAAUUUUUUUAAAGGGGAAGUGAAAAUGAUGAAUACAAAUAAUUGCAAGCAAAAUUUUCAAGUAUAAUGGAAGCUCAAACCUAGUGUGUGCCAAUGAGCUUCAAGAAUGUUGAUAAUUGUGCAUGGUAUUUUUAAGACAAACUUUUUUUUUAGAAAAUUUAAUUUUUAUUUAAAAAAAUGUUCUGCAUUCGCAAUGAGUUCACGUAGAGAUGUGGAUCGAUGCCCAUUACAUAACAAUAACGUUUCCUUCUCGUUGAAGUAGAGCUUUGUCUUGACAUUUUAUGCAUUCCAUGUUUGUUUAUAAAUAAGACAAACAAACAUUACCAGUAUAUAUAGAAAACAAGGUCUCUCCAAAGUGCAAAUUUGGUGAAGUGCACACCAUCAAGCACGUAUAACUGAUGGCUGCCCAAAGCCACACGCGUAUUCUGGUGGAACAAACAGGACUCCACUCGGCUACCCUGGAUGAUGUGGAAUGGCUUCAAAAUGUUUAAUACAAUUGUAGUCUGUUGCUAUUGCCGAACGCCAUACGAUAAGAAAACUGUGAUGUAAUUUUUUGUAAGUAACUUUGGUACACGAGUUGAAAAGGCACAACAAAAUGCAACGUUUUGGCCAAUGUGGGAAAACAACUAAUUGCGUGCAUGUGUUUGAUGACAUUUGUUUUUUUUUAUAUAUAUAUAGAAUUACCUUGGCUGUAUCAUCGACACGCCAGACCUGCCUCUGAGCCCUGAGGAGGUUUGCACGCUCUUUGGAAACAUAGAGGACAUCUACGCUCUUAACAGCGAGCUUCUUCAUGAGCUGGAGAGCUGUGCAUUCGAUCCUGUGGCCAUAGCCGACUGCUUUGUUGCAAAGAAUGAAGCCUUUCACAUAUAUACCCAGUACUGUAUGAACUAUCCAAAUGCCAUCGACGUGCUGAACGAGUGUGCACGCAGCGUCGCUAUGACCCGGUUCUUCGGGGAGGUGCAAGCGUCGCUGAAGCACUCACUGCCACUCGGGUGCUACCUGCUGAAGCCCGUGCAGCGCAUCCUUAAAUACCACUUGCUGCUGCGAGAAAUAGCGAACCACUACGAGGGCCUUGCGGAGGGCAUGGAGGUCAUCGAGGAGGCCACGGCCACCAUGACCAGCGUGGCGUGGCACAUCAACGACAUCAAGCGCAAGCAUGAGCACGCCGCCCGCGUUCAGGAGAUACAGGCGCAGCUGGUGCAGUGGCAGGGCCCCGAGCUGUGCCGCUACGGCGAGCUGGUCCUGGAGGGCACGUUCCGCGUGCACCGUGCACGGCACGAGCGUUCCCUCUUCCUCUUCCACUGCAUCCUCCUGCUCACCAAGAGACGCGACGACGCUUACGCCUACAAGGCACAUAUCCUGUGCUCAAACCUCAUGCUUGUGGAACACGUUCCCAAGGAGCCUCUCAGCUUCAGCGUCCGCCACUUCAAAAACAGCAAGGUUCAGCACACAGUGCAGGCACGCUCCUUUGAUGAAAAGAGGCUUUGGAUCCACGAAUUGAAAAGGCUCAUCCUAGAGAAUCACCCAGGAAAAAUCCCACUCAAGGCCAAACAAGCCAUCUUAGAGAUGGACGCUUUCCAUCAGCCUCACGCACAGCCUGUGCCGCCUACCACUGGCAGCUUCGCCUUGCGAAGAGGUCGACGCAAGUCAGAACCUGCGACAAGAAAAGCACGAACUUUGGAGCCACUCGUAGAUUUGAGAAUGCGAUCGGGCAGUGUCGGGGAGCUCCUCAGCGACAGCGAGUCGUUUGAGCCCAGUAGCAGCUCGGAGCUCCUGGAGGCUGGCGAGACGCAGGAGCGUCACUCGAGCUGCGACGGCCUGGACAGCGUUGAGCCGGCGGCCGGUCUCUUGUGCCGGGGCAGCAUGACCAGCCUGGAAGUGGACAGCCCGCUCCUGGGCCCCAGGAAGUACGGCCUGGAGAAGGGUGGCCCUCCCGCGGCGGGAGGAACUCGGCACGGCGGCAGCGAUAAUUGCCUCGCGAGGCGUAGGCACUGCAGCAACGACAGCCUGGAUGCGGGCGAAGGGACUCGCAGGGGAGACGUACACCGGAGUUGUGACAGCUUGCCGGCACCGGCACGGCGGGGCAGUGAGCACGAGCUCGAUGCAUGGGGAGAUGAUUUUUGCGGCCACAAUUUUGAAGGCGCAAGCAGUGAGAGCAAGAUACGAUCAGGAGAGGACAAACUCCGUAAAGAGAAUGACAGCUGUGGAGGGAGCGAUGGGGUUUCAGAGAAUUCUGAAUCUGAGGUCAAAUCUGUAUUCGAGCCCUCAAUAUCAGCACAGGUGAUGCUGGACCUAUUGGCGUCUGAAUUUAAUUUAGAUUGGUUGAAGUCUUCAUUUUCAAAAUCGUUUCUUUUUGACGAUUUAUGUUCAGAAAGUGCUGAGCCAGUUGAAGAUAUUGAUAUGGAUAAAGAGGAUAGUUUGAUCAAUAGCAAGGGUGCAUGUGCAUUAACUGAUGAAAUCAUGGAUGACAGUGGAAUGGAUGAUGGAAAACUUGAGCACUUUUCCCUUGGGAAUUUGAUGCCUGCUCCUGAAAAUGGAGAAGGGGAAAACUUGCAUAUGAAAGAAAAUACCUUGGCAACUCUAACCAAUUCAAGGUCCACAAGUCCUGAAAAUGUCACUUUAGCACAACCAGAGUUUGAAAGCAAGAGCUUCAACGAUAUUUCGCAUGAUGUCCCAUCCGAUGGGGAAUGCUCUGACGCAACUGAAUGCGUCACCGCUCUAAGUGCUCCUCUUAUGCAAAAGUCUGAUCCCAAUCCUUCUGUUCAAUCGUGUGAAACCCUGCAUGCCACCGAGCCAAAGCAAGCACCUGCUGAAUUGUUUUCUGAUGGAGGCAACGAUAAAGUACCGUACAACGGAACUGUAAAAAGGCCAAAGCUGCAGAGAUACCAAACCGUGCCCAAUCCUCAAAAUAGAGUUCCAAGUGCUGCUGAGAGUGGAGCUUUCUCCACACUAAACAACAAGGACAGACUCCUCCUGCAAAAGAUAAAAAGCUUCUAUGAGAACUUUGACCUAAACGAAGAAUCGGCAAUGCCCGUUUCCAAGAAGAGAGAGAGCAUGGCGUUCAUUCCGAAGGGCGUUGUGAAAAAUUCUGUUUUAAAAAUAAGCAGCCUGGCUAAAAACUCAGCACAUCGCCCUGAACUGAAACUCCCGAGUAGAAGUCUGUUACGAAACAGCGGCAACUCUGCAGGACUUGAGCCCGUGUGGGAAACUGUGGACCAGCAGCUGAACCCUCUCAUUCAAACCGUGUCAUCGGAGCCUGUGAGUAAGCCAUCGUCCAUUGCCUACAUGCUGCGUAAUAAUUUCAUGGAGAGGAUAAAGGAAAGCACUUAUGAAAGUUCCCAUGAGGAUGAUGAUGAUGAUGACGACUCUGAAACAGAAAACUGUGUCAGCGGCUCUGAAGGUGAAGCAACAACUGGGGAUCCUCAACAGGACGAGGUCACGGGUGCUUGCACAGUUCUCACCUGUACAAAUUCUGCCUCUCAUUUUAGUUUUGCGAGUAGCACUUCACUUAGUCGCACAUCUGAGAGUGAGGAGUUGUUUGUUGAAAAUGGUGGUGCAUGUGCUGACGGAGCUGUAGAGAUACAGCCGGAUACUGCGACAAAUAGCAUUCUCAGCCGACAAGACCAGGACUUGUCAGAAACUGUACAAUUGCAGAGUAAUGUAACAUCUUGCGUUAAUUUAGGACCAAAUGACUUGUCACCAACGGAUGAAUUGGGUUGUUCUGAUGGGCAUGAAAAACAGAGCGUUGACAUUAAGGACUUUCCUGAUUGCACUGCUAAAUUCGAACCGUUGUUUAUUGAAGAGGAAGAAGAAGCAGAGUGUGAUGCUGCUACACACAACACAAAGGAAUCGCCACAAUCACAACACAGCAUCGUGGAAGACGAUACCCGCGUCCCAGAUUGCAAUCGGCAUGACGGCAAAUUUCAUCCAAAGAAUACAGAAGAAGAGACGUUCACUUUUCAAGAAAGACUUGCCAAAAAAACACGUGAAGACACGUGUGCUACUAAACGCACAGCCUCUUUCCCUGGCGGUAACGGCCAAACGAGCAGAGCCAGAACGGACGAGGAGGAGCGAAGCCGGGCCCACGUGCUGCACAUGGCAAGGCAGUACAACCAGCGACUAAAGGCCCAGGCACAGACAGACAGGGACGAGGUAGACCGAGAACAGCGCAAGAAGGCCAGCCAGCAGCUGGCGGCUUUGCUGGAACACAAGAUGCUGCAAGGGGCCAUUGUCGGUUCAAGAGCUGAAGGUUACCUCGCAAUGAAGAAACAACAUUCUGCCCCGUCAAUGCUGCCAACCACAGAACACAUACGUAAGGCAGCCUUGAAGAACAAACUCAACAAGAAGCAGACUUCUAUCAGUGAGCCAUCUUCACCUACCCCAACAAGCCCACCUCUGUCUCCUUUGAUGGCCAGCCCUUCAGAGGCACAUCCCACGACAGGGCCUCAGCAGCCUUACAGAUCAAACCGCCAUGAGCAUAAUCCACCAAUGCCAUCAUCAUUUGGAUUUCGGCGACCAACCUUUUUCACGGGCCAAUUCCCACCAACGGGUGCUGUAAAAGAUCAGAGCCGGUCUUAUUAUGAUCGCUACACUCCUAAGUCUCCCCCACCUGUGUCACCACCAGCAUGUGUUGUCACACAAACUGUCACUUCCCUCGGCCCUCACAGAUCUUCUGUUGCCGGAUUUCCACAUGCCCGUUGCAGCUCUGGUCUGUCUAGGUCCUCCUCGUUUUCGGGCUACAGCAAGGCACUCCCGAACUCGGCUCACAAAAGCAAAUUGUCUACAGCCUUUCCACGGCCAUUCUCUCCAGACCAUUCCAGAUCUCCCACCUCAUCAGAACACACUGCGUGUGCCGCCACCAUGUUAAAGGAGACUGCGGUUUCUGAUCACAAAACCUGUUCCACUGUGCAUGACCUUAAGUCUAAAUACUCCCUUCUGGAGCGGAGAAAUUCUGAGCCAGAAAUUAUAACCAAGGACAAGGAAUUGGAGCAUCAAAAAAGCAAAAUUGCAAUCAACACUCGUUCUGUUAUUCACGUUCCUAUAGAACAUUCUGGCUCAAAAUGUGUGGCUUCCCAGGAUACCAAAGAUGGAACAAAAGAAUCCACAACUGAAACGACCAAACGGAGAUCCAGUCUAAAGCUGACAACAUCCAAAAGUGUUGAAAAUUGUGUUACUUAUUUUGUCGUCAGUAUGGGUACGUCCAAAAACAGGAUAGACGGAGAAAUAAAUGCAGAGAAGAAGCUUCGUCAAAAUGCUGUUCUUGAUACGAUUGACCAGGUAGAUCAUGUCCAAGAACAUGACUCUGAUACAUCCAAAUCUUGGCUCACUGAGCAUUUGGAUGAACGCACAGACAAACACACACAAUACUGUGGUUCAGAAAUCGUUCUACAAGACACGGAAAAGAUAGUUGUCAUUGAUAGGACUGUUCCUUGUAACAUCCAAAGCACGGCGGUGAUUGAACCAAAGAUGACAAACAACAUGUACCAUCAGGACUGCUUAACAUCUAUUCAACCAAAACCUUCCGAAAAUUACAUCGACACAUACCAUCCCAGUGUAUCUGUAAAACGAGCCGAAAACGAAAAUCCUGUCGUGAUCACCACACGGCCUCCUCUGCCGUGCAGUUCGCGCAUUUUGAUCAAUGGGAAUUCAUCGUCACCCGAAAUGACCUCAACCAGAAAGGUUGGACUGACACAAGCCACCAUGGAAGUCCCGGUCAGAAGCAUCGCAAGGAAGAUUCUCACCGUGAAUGCAAACUCGUGGGGACAGUCUCCGCAAAAAACAUUUGCAGAAAUCACGGUGGAGUUCAGCGCAGGCAUCACGGGCGUCGCAGCCAGCGGUGGGUGUCUGCUCAGAAGUGUUGAGACCGCGCGGAGCACCGCGGCAGGUGGAGACGCAGAUUCUCCGAAGCCCUCUGCAGGAAGCCAACCCUCGGGGCAACUGAAACGCGUGCACAGUCUCCGAGACAAAUUCCAAAACUGUAAAUCGGACACGGACACGUGAUCUUGACGCUAUGUGGCAGAGGCCAAAAGUUUAAUGAACACCAAGGUGUGGGGGAAAGGGGGGUGCGAAUGCAAAACGUUAUUUUUUAGAGACUGGUACUAUGGUGCUUUUGCAUCUUUUUUUACACACAUGCUGCCAAUAAAAUUCGGCAGGAAGACACUUUAUUGAAAAAUAAACAGUUAUAUUCCAUAUUCUUUAUAUACUGUAAUGUUUUUUUUUUACCCCCCGUAAGUUAUGCUCCCGAUGAAUUAUAAUUCGAGCAAUGUUUCUUGUGAAGGACCAUGUUUUAGAGUAUUCGUUUGGGCACAAUUAAAGUGUUACGUUUUUGAGAAUGUACGUAAUGAACAUCAUUGUAAAAAAAAAAAUGCCCUAUUUAAUUACUGUGUAAUAGGAGAGUGAAGGAUUUCUCCAUUAAUCUGCUUGGAAGGCAGAAGUUAACAGCCAAUUCCUUCAGGCUAAGCAUUGGCAGGAUGUCUCUUACAAAUCCACAUGAAUCCUGCCACAGCUUCCAAAUGUUUGUAUUUAUUCUCCACAUUGCUCAGCCCCUUAUGUUUUGUGUACACCAGAAAUGAUGUUCUACGUGGAUUGGUCUUUUUGGAUCUGUGUAGGAGCUUUUGGAGUAAAUUUAGCCAUUUUUUGAGGGCUUACAUAUAUAUCGUCCUUUUCUCUUGUUGUGAUUACAACUUUGAGUUUGGUUUUGCACUGACCGGGUAAUGUAUUAUUAAACCGAUAGGCGUUUUUUGUCGUUAAGUACAAGUUUACUUCUGAGAUUAAACAUUACGUUAUUUUCUUUGGUUGCUGAUUAUUCGCUAUCGAUUACUCUUUUGUAAAAUGUGUUUUUUUUUUACCAGUUAUGAAUCAGUCAUUUGAACAUAACUCUGAUCUUCAAUAAAUCCAUGGCUUAAUUUCUCUUUGAAUAUAUUCCGAGGCUCCCCAAACACUCGAACCCCUGGACCACCACGCCCAGUCCCCUCGACAGCGUGGGGGUGGCAGGGAAAUAUAUUAUUGAGCUCUGCCUUGGAGAGAUCUGGCUGAACUAAACCCUGAAUAGAUGCAUCGUAUACUCUUAUUAUUAUUAUUACAAUGAUGUACGUAACAUACACAGAAGAGGAGAUGCACUACUCUGAUUUUAUUCAUUUUUAAACCCUGAAUUUCAGCCUCAUCCACGUUGCGUGUGCCCUUGUACGACUGCGUAGUGGGCGAAGAGGCUGCUUGCCUUGUAGAUUCCGUUCCCGAAUCAAAACUCGUUUCCAGAAAUUACGAUGAAGUCUUGUGUAGGGAAUUAUCAGUACGUUAAAAAAGCAGUGUUAAUUAUUAAUCCUAGCACUAAUACUGUCAUUCCAGUCGAUAAAUUAAUGUCUCUGCAUUGUUUUACAUCGUGAAAGAAUUUGUUCAUCACUGUGCACGGGGAAAAAAAUAAGUUCCGCACAAUGUUGGUCGACGCAACAUGAGUGCUUCAAAACACAGAGCUCUGGUGCAUACCCAUCUUGUUUUAUUGCUUGAUUUCACAUCCUAUGUUUUUAGAUACAGUGUAUGUGUGUGUAUAUAAAAUAAAACAAUCUGCUUCCCCCCCCCACACACACGUCUGACAUUGCUCCACAGUCGUGCUUGAUGAUGUUUCACUCAAUGACCGCAAGGUGGCGGCGUUGACACAAAGAUUUAAAAAAAAACAGCCGCAAAGCAUCACCGACCAUUGCAUCUGCGUACUGCGAAGAAGUCUCAACUUGUAUGCUUGUACUGCUUGCUGUUCCUCACUCAGUGGCAGGUCGAUUCUUCCUUAUUUCAAUAAUGUCGAUACUGCAAGCGUUCUCAAUAUCCAACGAGCACGUGUUAUCAUUGCUACAGAAGAAACCCUGCCCUGUUGAUGUGAGCAGAGAAAUGUGGCAACAGCCGUCUGCAGACAUUACGUGGUUUUAUUCGUUAUAAGAUUAUUAUUAUUAUGUUAUAAAAUACUCGUUUUAUCCUCAUCAUCGGUCAUGGGUCAAUCUACUGCUGGAUGAAGGCCGCCCAAAACCGCCGCCAUCCCUCGCGAUGAUGUGAUGUAGCCAAACAGCCUCACAACUGCACAAGAGCUGAAUCCAUCGCUUCAACGCCGCAGUGGAUGCCCUCUCUGACACGUUCCAUAAUUAAUCCUUAAAAAUAUGACUACCUUUAAUGUUUUAGGGAGAGGCCUUUUCGUCAAUGUCUUCAAUAGAACAGGACAGAUUAUCGAACGGCAACUUUAUUUGGUAUGAACAGAUGAGCAGCAACUUGCUUAAUUGCAAUUACUGUUUUCGGGAUCCUUACAUGUCAAACACGAGUCGAAAGAGAGGUGCGAAAUACAAUUGCAGAAUACCAUUAUAAAUUAUUCUCUCACCGAAUUGCUUUCGUUGUGUCUGUAUGAAAAUAAAGCAUAUUGUCAAGCUUCCG